UCUUUCCGGUUCUUCGGAGGGCUUUUCAAAACACCCAACCAGCUGCGGGUGCUGCAUUUGAUCCGUUGAAAUAUUUGCCAUAUAUCAGCCUCUCAAGGCGAAAAUGUACGGUGAGAAGGCUGUUGAGUUGAUUCGUCAGCUCCAUCGUUCGCCAGAUGGGUCCAUGCCGCCAUUCAAUGAGGACGGGAUCCGACAAGUGCUUGAGGAGAUGAGGGUACUGUUUGAACAGAACCAAGCAGAUGUGAACAAAACAGUGGAAGGGGCACCUGGACUGUUUCCUGGGGUUCAACUCAGACAUGCAGCCUUGGAGAGAAACAAGAGAUGUCUGCUAGCCUACAUGUAUGUUUUAACUGUUCAAGUUUCACUCCAGCUCAGACAAUAAACACUGUAAGGUAUGA